UAGCUAUUUCCAGGGGGUCAUUUUCGGGUUUCCGGACGCAAGCGUGUUGUUUUCCCAUUACAAAAGAUUAAGACAGGAAGAGAGUUCUGAGAGAGAUUCAGACAGGAAGAGUUGUAGAACACGAAGACACAACAGAGAAAAAUGGCAAAAGACAGGAAAAUCGGGGUGGCGAUGGAUUUCUCCAAGAGCAGCAAGGCCGCGCUGCAAUGGGCCCUGGAGAAUCUGGCCGACAAAGGCGACACUGUUUACAUCUUACACAUCAAAUCUCACUCCCUCGACGAGUCUGCCCAGAAAAUCUGGUCCGAAUCCGGUUCUCCGCUUAUCCCAUUGGCGGAGUUUCGUGAGCCGGAAGUAAUGAACAAGUACCAAGUCAAAACGGAUAUUGAGGUUCUCGACAUGCUCGACACUGCUACCAGGCAGAAAGAGAUACAUGUUGUGACGAAGUUGUACUGGGGAGAUGCGAGAGAUAAGCUUUGUCAAGCUGCUGAUGAUUUGAAGCUUGAUUCCUUGGUUAUGGGUAGCCGGGGCCUCAGCGCCUUAAAGAGGAUAAUCUUGGGAAGUGUAAGUAACUACGUGAUUGCGACUGCCAGCUGCCCAGUUACCAUAGUCAAGGAUCCUGACUUUCACAAGAACUGAUCUCCUCAUUAUCAUCAUCAUCAUCAUUUGUUUUUAAUAAUAAAUGUUCGUUUGCGGACCAAUUCAUAUGUAUGACGCUCCAACCAAUUCUGUGCUUUUGAAAUAAUACGACUUAAUUAUGUCUAUUUAUAUAUUAUGUCAUUUA